AUGGCUGGCGUUUUUGUUGGCUCGUUAAGGAAUGCUGGUAGGCUAGCGAUAAAUAAUAGCAUUUCUGCUAGAUCAGCAGGUGCAAGUUUAAGGGCCGGUGUGUCCACUAUUUCUUCCAGCCACAACGGUCGAUUCGGUAUUCGUGGAUAUUCUUCGACUCCAGCUGAAGAUGCCAGUAAAGAGAAAGGAGCAGAUGCCGUGAGUGAACCUGCUACUCCCACACCAGUCACAACACCACCGUUCAUAGCGAAACCUGGAAGCCUUAAGGACCAAAUUCUCAAACAAUAUCAAGUUGUGGAUAGCACUUAUAAUGUGAAACUUCCUGCUUGGCAAAAUAUGCUAGGUGAGAAUCUUGUCAAGACUUUUAAUUUAGAUAUGGAUCGUAUUAGAUCUGGCCCAGUUGCCGGUGCGCUAUUUAAGGACAUGUGCAAAGCUCAAGCGUUUUAUCAGAAGGAAGGGGAUAAAAUUACAAUGACACCCAGGGCCAAAUUUUACUAUGAGACAUUAGGAAUGCCUCAAACGUUUAAUCAGUGGUAUCAGGUUACUCUUCUUCACGUAUGGAUUUUAUUUGUUCGUAUGAGAAGUAUGCCUCGUAAAUACUGUCGAGAAUAUCAGCAAAAGCUGGUGAAUAGCAUUUUUGAAGAUAUUGAUUUCAGACUACGAGAAGAGAUCAAGAUCAAUAGCGACCGUAUGGUUAAUAAUUACAAAAAGGGAUUCAAUGAUCAACUAAGGGGCUCAAUUUUUGCCUACGAUGAAGGUUUUUACAGCGAUGACACUGUUCUCGCUGGUGCUUUGUGGAGAAAUCUGUUCGAGUCGAAGAAAGAUAUCGACAUGACCCAUAUUGAACAAUUGGUUCACUAUGUUAGAACCCAGUUAUACGUUUUGGAUAGAAUGUCAGAUUUGGAUUUUGCUGCUGGCAGAUUCCAAUUCAUCGACCCCUCCUUGAGAUACCAGCCGUUGACUGAAGGUGAAGACAAAGAGAUCAAGAGCAUUGUUGAGUCCAAUAGAAAAGAAUCUACCGACGCUGCCUCAAGAUCAACUCUUUCAAAAGAAGGUUGGUAG